AUGAUGCCAGAUACGAAGGAAGAGUUCGAGCAGUUCGGUGAACAACUCAUAGCUAAGAUCAAUCAAUUCAACAAGCACACGGAGUUCCCGGCAUUUGCUGAGGAGUUAAUAAAUCGUAUAGCUGUAAAUCUUUCUUCGAUUACCCUGAAAAAAAUAAAGACAACAGUGGAUAAUUUAGCUAUCGAAAAGUCGAAGCUUGAGAAAGGUGAUAAAGGAAAGAAAAGCAAGGGUAAAGGCAAGGCGAAAUUGAAAAUUGAGGGUGAGAAUACACAUCUCAGUGAAUACGGAUACGAUGCGUAUGACAACGAGUACGAUGAUUUCAUGUAG